AUGUUUCGUCGCUCUCGUCGCCUCGCAGCCAUUUCCGCCCUCGUGGGACUCGGUCUUUUCUACCACUUCUAUACUCUCCGCUCCGAGCUACAUCCUCAAGGAAAUGACGAGGCCCGUCGCACCUUGCCCGAAUGCCCGCCCCUCCCCGGCAUGGAGGACGUCCUCGUCGUGAUGAAGACUGGUGUCACUGAAUCUCUCGACAAAGUUCCUGUCCACUUCCACACCACCCUCCGUUGCGUUCCCAACUACGUCAUAUUCUCCGACUUCGAGGAAGAAAUUGAGGGUGUCAUGAUCCACGAUGCCUUUGUCGCAAUGGACUCGACAGUGCGAGAUACCGUCGCUGACUUCGACAUCUACAACCGCCUCCGCGAACGAGGCCGCGCCGGUCUCGAGUCCGCCGACUUCGCUGACGAAGCCAAUUCCAAUAUCGGCAAACCUAACAACCCCGGCUGGAAGCUUGAUAAGUGGAAAUUCCUUCCGAUGGUCCAACAGGCCUUGGCCUACAAGGACGAUGCCAAGUGGUACGUCUUCAUGGAGGCGGACACAUAUUUCUCGUGGCCGACACUUCUCGCAUGGCUCGCACAUUUCGAUCCCAGCGAGCCGCACUAUAUCGGAACGGAGACCCAAAUCGCCGACGUCAUCUUCGCGCAUGGAGGAUCAGGCUUCCUCGUCUCCAAUCCGGCCAUGCAGCUGGCUUCCAAAGAGUAUGCCGCGCGGACAGUAGAAUUGCACGAGUACACUGAUUGGCACUGGGCUGGCGACUGCGUUCUAGGCAAGGUUCUUGCGGACGCCGGCGUGCCCUUGCACUACUCUUGGCCCAUGCUACAGAACUCCAACCUCGGCGAGAUCGACGAGUUCGCCACAGGUUUCUACCGCAAGCCAUGGUGUUUUCCCGCGGUUGCAUUCCAUCACCUAUCAUCGCGCGACAUUCAAGACCUAUACGAGUAUGAACGUCGCAGAUGGCAAGAUGCAAACAAACACGUCCUUCUCCACCGCGACGUCUUCAAAGAACUCAUAUACCCCGAACUUUCGAACGUCCGGGACAGCUGGGACAACCUCUCCGACGAAGAGCACCCCGAAAUUUCUACUUUCCAUGAGUGUCAGACUGUCUGCGCCGCAGCACCCAAUUGUGCGCAGUUCGUCAUCCGCGCGGGAGUCUGCUUUCUCGGUGAAACGCCGCGGCUAGGCGUCCGUAACCCCGACGCGCGGUCAGGGUGGGUCCUGAACACGAUCGAGAAUAUGAUAGAACAGGCGCCACGGUGUGGUCGCCCGGACUUUGGUUUAUAG